AUGGUGUAUGUUCUUCGCGAUGAUAUAGUUCUGAUCGAUGAGUCGCAUAGCGGCGUUAAUGAGAGAAUGGAGGUGUGGAGGCAAGCUUUGGAGUCCAAAGGUUUUGAGUUGAGUAUGACCAAGACGGAAUAUCUGGAGUGUAAGUUCAGCGGCGUGUCGGGGGAAGCAGACGGGGUGGAGAUGAAAAUAACCGAGAUGAGGCUGUUGAGAUGGAUGUGCAGGCAUACUAAACUGGAUAAGAUAAGGAAUGAAGAUAUUCGGGAGAAGGUGGGCGUUGCUCCCGUGGAUGACAAGAUGCGGGAAGCGAGGCUUAGGUAG